CGAAAGAAACACAACAUGAGGUCAAGUUCAGGUUUGGUGGAAAUCAUCGGUUUAACAGAAAAAUUUACAUUUAAUCCUAAAGAAGGAAUCGACAACCCAGUGAUGGUCAUCACAGAAGAAGCAGAUUCAGUGUCCGCCCCCAGUCCUCGUCUCUGUGUUCUGAAACGAGAGGAGGGGGAAACCUACGGCUUCCACCUGCGGGUAGAAGGGGGGCGCGAGGGUCACAUCAUCAGAAACGUGGUGUCAGGAGGGGUGGCAGAGCGCAGUGGACUCAGAGAUGGAGACAGACUUCUGGAAGUCAACAACUGUUAUGUAGAUGAUGUUCCCCAUCCUGAGGUGGCCGCAAAGAUAAGGAUGAGUGGAAACCAGUUGUGUUUAUCGGUGUUGGAUGGGGAGGAGUAUGAGCAGGCUUUGUCUCAAGGUCAAGACCUCCGAGGUUUGGCUAGAACGCAAAAAGGCGAGACCUUCAAACCCCCCAGACUCUGCCACAUCAAGAGGGAUCCUGUCUCAGGUCUGGGCAUCAACUUCACACCUGUGGAAGGAGAGAAAGGUCGCUUCUCUGUGAGCCUGGUUGCAGGAGGUGCAGCUGCGGCGGGGGUGUUUAAGGGAGAUCGCCUGGUGUGGAUGAACGGAGCAGCAGUGUCUGAUCUCUCACAUGCUGCACUCAGCAGGAUGAUGAAAAAAUGUGGCGACCGCAUCACCAUCCUAGUGAUUGACAGCGAGAGUGAAAAGUGCUACCUACAGCAGAGGAUUCCCAUCCUGCCCUCCAUGGCUGUUCCACACAACCUGCCUUAUAGAGCCAGAAAACUCCACCUGGUCUCUGGAUCCGAGGGCUACGGCCUCCUGCUCCGGCUGGAGAAGGCGGCAUCAGGACGCACAUCUCAUGUUCUGUGUGAGAUGGAUGAUGGCAGUCCAGCACAGAGAGCGGGUAUGAAGGACAGAGAGGUUCUGCUGGAGGUGAAUGGAGAGUUAGUGGAGUCACUGAAUCAUCAGGAGAUCGUAGACAGAGUGAGACUGAGCGGACAGAAGGUCUCCCUCUCCACCAUCACUCCUCAGGGGCUGGAUUUUUACUCCAAGUUGGGUCUGUCCCCUCUCCUCUUCUGUGAGGAUGAUUCUGUUGAGAGAGAAACGGAGAAGAUGACACCGUCUCCUGCAGAAGAACCGUCACCACAGAAAGAAGAAAUGGAUGCCACGUGCGCGCCAAGACUCUGUACUAUCCAAAAAGGCCCUUUGGGGUUUGGCUUUAACCUGGGCUGCGUCCCACAGAGUCCCGGGACCUUCAUCAGCCAGGUGGCUUAUGGGAGUUUUGGGCAUGAUGCAGGACUACGUGUAGGUGAUGUGGUGAUGGAAGUCAACGGACAAAAUGUGGAGGACAAAUAUCUGGAAUAUGUGAUGACGCUCAUAAAGGAAGGAGGACAUUUUGUCUCCAUGAAAGUCAUGGAUAAAACUGCCUACAGCAAACCGAAGCACAUUGACGCACCGACAAAAGAUAUCACUGACAGCGAGGAGGAAGAAAAUGAUGAGAUAUCGUUUUUGUGAGCUUCAGACAAAACGCCUGCCGACAAGACUUAAAACCGAGAUGAACGAGAGACUCAUCAGAAUCAGUUUUAAAGGCCAAGUAUGUGAGCACAUACAAGGAAUAGGACUCUGGUUUUACAUGACUCUCAUGCACAUACAAACACAUUAACAUACUACACUUAAGGAGGGGGGGGGGGGGGGGGGGGGGUGCUGCUGCAUUCAUGUGCUCCUCUGGUGGUCGGAAGUCGUUCUUCCGACUUCAGUGUGUUCACGUUUCAAAAUGCUGCAAAGAAGAUGUGAGGAAAGUCUCUGUUAUAAGUUAUAUUUGAGCAAAAAGCUUAUGUGCAAUACGUGAACUAAUCAAAAGUAUCUUAACAUUUACAAAACAUAUUUUACCAUGUUGAUGAUGAUAUUGAUUUCAACUUGGGCAGUCAGGCACCUCAUUCUUUCCCUGAGUUUCCAGGUUGUUGCUCCGACUUGAGCAGCCGUUCAUGUGCACUUUACAACUCAAAAACUGUUUUUUUUCCCGAUGUGUGAAAAAAUGAAAGCAGCAUUCUCCUGAAAUCCGCUGGCAUCUCCACGGGCUUAAGCGGGUUCAGCUCCACAUGGUUCUGAAGCAUAAUGUCGAUUAUUAUUGUUAUGAUAUUGUCAUGGUGAGUGAUAAAAGAAAUGUGAGUAACCAUGAGCAGAAAAGAAAACUUAUUUAUUUAACAAAAAAACUCAAAAACAAAAGCUUUUUACAAGAAACAAAGUCUGUGUGAAAUGAAAUCUAAACACUGAAAUAAAAAAAACAAAUCAUGACAGAUAUCGACCAUGUUGCCAAAUACCAGGGUUUAAAAACAAGAAGCAGGAAAUAAACUUCAGCAGGGUCAGUUAAACAAACCACAAAUAAAUCCUGUCUGUAUGAUUCAAAACACCUCAGUGAGUUAGUUCAAUACUUUGCAUCCAUACAUUUAGACUAACACAGUAACCUAAUGUAAGAGCUCAAUUAAAUACAACACAUGAAGACAAUUUUGGAAAUCUCUGCAAACUCAAAAGUCUUUCUAUUCUGAGACUUUUAGCCUGUGGCUCUAAGGAAGUUCAAACAAUGUAAAGUAGUUUUUCUGUAUUUAUGGUCUGUGGUGAAAUUAAAGAAAUAGAUGGUGAUAAAAAGAGAAUCGAUCAGUGAAGUAUUAAGUUACAAAAAGUGUUAAUUAUAUUAUUUUGUUUGUGUUUUACACAUCAAAUGUUAUGUAUUUGUUCCUUUAGACUAGAGCAAGUGUUUAUUAUGAAUUUAUACGGGACAAGAAGUAUCGGAGCGUUGGAAAUAAAACUAUUUCUUCUUUGUGU